CUUUUUUCGACUGCUACUCCGAAGUCGAAGCGAAUCAGGCGAUAAUAUUCCAUAUUCAUCCGUUGGUCAUUGGCUCCUCAUCUUCUCAGCAGCUGGGCAUCAACCUCGCAGCAGCUGAAACAUACGUGCUUGGCGAGAAGUUGACCCAACGAGAGGGAGCUCACGAAAAUACGAGAGUAUCCGAGAAAACCUCGCAUUGCGUGCUACUCAUGCCAUCCCAACAUAAGUCCAUUGCUUGUCCUGGAAGUUCUCGGACUCCACCUGGGCAUCUUAUGGUUCUUCCCGUUUCAUCAUUAUUCUCUCUACCUUUGACCAGAUACGAACAGGGUCUCACAUCGAAGCGUCCGAGAUGCUGUCUCCAGCAGCCCUCGUUGACGGCCUUGCCGCCCACACUCCUCAGGGAGUUUGGGUCAAGGCCAACCUGUUAUCCGAAAAAGGGGAGCUCACAUGGCAGGACAUCGCUUGGCCGCAGCUCAGGAGGGCUGUUGACUUUGUGGCCCGUCAGAUGGAAAACGAACUGGGCCCAGGAGCCGUUGACGAACCGGUGGCCUUUAUCGGGGGAAACGACAUCCGGUAUGCCGUCGUUCUCAUGGCGGCACUCAAGUGUGGGUACAAGGCCCUGUUGUUGUCACCACGAAACUCGCGCGAGGGCAACGUCUCUCUCCUGAAGAAUACAAGGUGCAGCAAGCUCGCUUUCACCGCCGAGCUCAGGAGCAUGGUCACGGAGCUGGUGGAGGAGACCCCUGGGUUGAAGGUCUCUCAGCUGCCUGGGCUGCAUGACCUUCUCACCGCUCCAGACACCACGCAUUACGAGAGCCUGGCCGAUGGCCAUAUGCAAGACGAUGAAACCGUCGCGAUCCUCCACUCGAGCGGCACGACAGGCCUACCAAAACCCAUUUACGUCAAAGCCGGCGUCUUGCGAGUCGGCGCUAAGCUUACCUCGCUGCCGGCACCUGAGGGCCGCCGAAACAUAAUCGACGAAUUGUAUCUCACGGAGCUCAUGAUCUCAACGCUCCCGUUCUUUCACAUCUUCGGCAUCAUGCUUCUCGUCCGCACCGUCCAUUACCAGCGACCACUGGUGCUGUUGCCUUUCGGGAAACCGCCAACUGCAGAGCUGGUGAUGGAGGCAAUAGCCAAGACCAAGCCGACGGGAGUAGUCUGCCCUCCCUCAAUCCUCGAAGACCUCUGCAAACUGCCUGGCGGACUGAAGGCCCUCUCGACAUUGAAUACGGUGGUGUACGGAGGCGCUCCCCUGGCGCGCUCAUGCGGCGAAGAGAUCUCCAAACUCACCAACCUGUACAACGGGAUUGGGAGCACAGAAGCAUGGCUCAUCCCGAACCUCGUCGCGGCCGACCAAGCCGACUGGGACCACCACGAGUGGAAUCCCAACGUGGGUAUCGUGAUGGAGCCUGCCGGAGACGAUCAGCUCGCAGAGCUAGUGAUCCGUCGUCAACCCGAUAACGACUUUCAGACAGUGUUUCAUAACUUUCCCGGUCUCGACGAAUGGCGCACCAAUGACCUGUUUGAGCGGCAUCCGACCAAGCCUGCUUUAUGGAAAUACGUUGGACGGGUCGACGACAUCCUGGUAUUGAGCAACGGCGAGAAGUUGAACCCUGUGUCGUUCGAGAAGACCGUCGAGGGGCAUCCGUGGGUCAGCGGCGUGCUGGUGGUUGGGGCCGGGCAUUUCCAGGCCGGGCUGCUCAUCGAGGCGUACCCCGAACGAGCCAAGGCUGGAGCGGAAGCAUUUAUCGAUGAGCUCUGGCCGACCGUGGAGGAAGCAAACAUGCAGUCUCCAGCCCAUGCGCGGGUGUGGCGGUCAAUGGUGAUGUUGGCGUCGCCAGAGAAACCGUUCAAGCGCACCGCCAAAGGAUCCGUCAUGCGACAUGCUACGUAUCGGUUGUAUGAAGAGGAGCUCAAGGGCUUGUAUGACAAGCAGCAGUUCCUCACAAACGGCGUUCAGGUGAACGGGGAGCUGGGCAGCAGCCAAGUCAAGGUUGCGAUCCGCUCGGCGGUGAAAUCUGUCCUUGGGGCUCAGGCCGAGCACCUCGCCGACGACUCGAACAUCUUUGAUUUCGGCAUGGACUCGCUUCAAGUCCUACAGCUGCUCCAAAUCCUGGGCUCGUCCCACGUCAUUUGUACCACACGGAUGGUGUACGAGAACCCGAGCAUCGAUUCUCUCUUCCGCGCAGUGACCAACGGACAGGCCAACGACAGCGCAGGCAACAACGUGUCCCGCGAAGAGAAGAUGUCGGCCAUGAUCCACCGGUACUCCAAGUUUGUUCCCAGAAAGUACAUCAGCGACAUACCCACCGUCUUGUCAGGCCAAACAGUACUACUCGUCGGGUCAACCGGCGCUCUCGGGACUCAUCUCCUGCACGAAUUACUCAGCAAUCCUGAAGUCGAUCGUGUGUAUUGUCUCAACCGUUCUGCCGAUGCGGCCGAGAGACAGACGCAAAGCUUCUCGGACCGCGGUCUUGGGACCAUCGACUUCAACGCCCACCCCAGGGUCCGAUUCCUCCACGGAGAGACACACCAAGAGAACUUUGGUCUCGAGCCCGACGCCUACGCCGAGCUGGGGCGGAAUGUCGAUAUGAUCAUCUCCAACGCCUGGCCGGUCAACUUCAACAGUAGCCUGGAAAGCUUCGAGGGUGUCAUCGCAGGUACCAAGCGGUGCGUCGACUUUGCAGCUUCGUCGCCACGCCAGGCACAUAUUGCGUUUGUAUCGUCUGUCGCAAGCGUUCUAAACUUCCCCGCGGUGCGUCGGGGUGACGACGAGGCAGAGGAGGUUGUCAUGGUCCCGGAGGAGUUUGAUCCUGAUAACAGCUUGCCUGCCAAACAAGGGUACGGCGAGUCGAAGCAUGUUGCGAGCUGUAUCCUUGAGAGAGCAGCAAGGCAGGGUUUGAUCGGUGCCACGAUCUUGCGGGUUGGCCAGCUUGCUGGGACCGCGGAAGGGAAGGGGCUCUGGAACCGACACGAGUGGGUGCCCUCGCUCGUUAAGACCUCCAAGUCUCUCGGCAAAAUACCGCGGUCCCUCGGCCCUGCAAAUGAUGGUAUUGUCUGGGUGCCCCUGGACAUUGCCGCCAAGGUGAUCGUUGAUUUCGUCCCGCUGAGUGCUCAGGGAACGUCGGAGUCGGGCACGCUGAGAUGCUUCAACGUCGUCAAUCCCCAGGUUAGGCCGUGGAACGAGUUGGCUGCGGUCGUACAGCAGCAUUACUCUGACUCUGAGUCGGGACAACAGCUGGGUGUAGUCGAAUUUGACGAGUGGUUGAAUGAACUGAGAGCAGUCGGUGUCAACAACGGGGCGGAGGAAGCCGAACUAUUCCCUGCGCUCAAGUUGUUGGACUUCUUCGAGGGAUUGAAGGCUGACGGAGGAAAGGGGCGUUGGGGGUUUGCAACCGAGAAGGGAGUAAUUUCGAGUCCAACCAUGGCUAAUAUGGGUGCUGUGAGCGGGAAGUUAAUGCAGAAGUGGUUGGAUGAGUGGGAUUUUUGAUGGCUACCCCCAGAUACUUCUUGGAAGCUUCAAGCCGCCUUGAGCACGUAGGACUGUAAUAGAAAAGAAGAGGUAAAGAAGAACAAGGGGGCCAGCAUCGCAACGGAAGCUUCUGGCAUCCAUGGUCGAUGAACUUUGGACCGUACUCAAGCCACCGAAGAACGACACAGUGGCCUUGCAACCGUCAAGUCGCAAAUAAGUCGCCUGUUGCAUGCGACUCGGUUGUGGAAACGGUGGUUGUCAGGCACGGAUCAACUGAAGAACGGGCUGGUGGCGAAAUAAAGUUGAGAUUGCGGCAGAGUUCCGUGGGCCUUACUGAGCAAAGAGACAAAAGUGAUCAUGACCCAACUAAUCGAUGCAGUUUCCACCACCUGGAAACCUUAUGAUAGC